AUGCCUAUUCUUCAGAUUGCAUUUGAUCGAGAACAGAACAAAUAUAUGAUCGUAUUACAAUCAUCAAAUGUCGAUUUUGCAUUAUUUAAUUUAUUAUUUAAUUAUGGUAUUUUUUCAUCUCAAAUUCAAAUUGAUUCAAAAUCUCAUUUUAACAAUAUACGCAACUAUGCUGAUGUAAAAGUUACUCAAGACAAAGCAAACAUAACAAGAACAACAAUUUCCACUGAUCAUUUAUCAUCUUGUUAUUGUUUUUUGUUAAAUUUCCAUUUUGGUGGUCGUCCUUAUUCUUAUUUAAAUCAUCAUGCGAAAUUUUUUAAUCUGAAAAUAUCAGCACCAAAUUUACUUGCAAUCUUAUUAGGAAAUAUUGUGAUUGAUAUAAAGAGAAUUUUAUCUGGAAAACAAUUAAGUGUAGUAAGAACAAUCAAUAUUAUUCAACUCAAACAUUUAAAAUUAUUUAUUUGUGGUGGUGUUUGUCAAGAUAAUGACGUUAUAAGAAAUGCAUUUUCAUUAUUACUCGAUCCAGAUGAAUCAACAUCAAGCUUAAUAUCCAACUUAUUUGACAAGGAAUCCAAAUAUUUAUUUGAUAAUUUAUCAAACAAUACAAUAAUAAUCAAUCCCAUCACGUAUUUACAAACUUCUGCAGAACUUCAACAAGCACGUGGUGAGUUAAUUGAUAAAAUACAGGUUGAGUAUGUCAUUUUAAAUAGUUUUAUGUAG